AUGGUGGCUGGUAAAGAGAACUUUUUGGGUAAUAUUGAAAAUGAUUCUAUGAAUAAUGAUCAGACGAUGGGUUCGUCACCCGACGAAAAUGCGUCAGAAAGCGAUAGCAGCAUUCUCACUAAUGUGAACGAUAUAGGGACAUUGCGCCUGGACAUGCCACCCGAAUCGAAAAGCACCCAGUCGAAGAAGUCGCUUUUCUACGAAAACUCUGACGACGCUGAAGAAGAAGAGGAUGGGCAACAUCGCUAUAAAGAAGCCAAACAACUUCGAUUUGAAGUAAAUAACGGGGUGGUCAGUAAAGGGCAACAGCAGCCGUCAGAUGAAGUUACCACAAGUGUGGAAGGUGGCGUGCGGCCUUGGGAAUUUGGGAAAGUGAUACAGGCAGAAUACAGAGAGAGGUUGCCGCACAAUUAUGAGUUGAAGUAUUGGAAAAAGCCUUCCAAAAUAAUGCUAGAGUCAAUAUUCCGUUUAUUGGAGACGAACACCAUAAGCGUUCUUGAUUCCGUCUUUGAGAAAUACGAGACCGAACUGGAGCAAAUGACACAUGGUGAUGAUAAUGAGCUCAAGAGGAUCUACUCUAAAAAGGAGCGUUUGCUUGAGACAAUCGUGUCAAAAAUAAACAAGAAACUAAGACAGGCUAAGUUCCCCUCCAGAAUAUCGGAAAGAGACCUGGAUAUUGAGUACAUUUAUUCCAAGAGACAGUUUAUUCAAAAUCGUUAUGCACAAGAACUACAGAAUUGCGAGAGAUUGGAAACAAAUCUUGCGCGUGAACAAAAACUCUUGGAAGAAACCAGGAAGCUGUGCAGAAAUUUAAAGACGAGCAACAAAAGGCGACUUACUGAGAAGUUGAUACAAAGAGACCUUCACCCGGCACUUAAUAAAGCUUUGGAAUACACGUACGGUUUGGAAUCUAGCAACGGAUUUACACAAGCAGAGGGUCAAGUGACCUUUAAAAAUGAUAUCACCGAGCUCAAUUUGUUGUUGAACCGUCCCAUCAAGAGCACAACCGACAUAAGCCUCAACAAAAGAGAAGUGUUAUCGCUGCUACCGUCUUUACAAGAAUAUACGAAUACAUCACGAGAGCUUAAGGGGACCAUGCAUGAAAUAGUUUCGGACUCUCACGAACAAGAGAUCAAAGAGGUGAUUGAGCAUCGCCAGCGAAACCAUCAAAGCGAGACCGAAGAAGAUAUACGAGAGCGAAGAUCGUAA